GAGCAUCACGUCCAACGUCCCCAGUCCAGCCCUUCUUCACGCGUUGUGAGAGCACGACGCGUUAAACCCCGCCUAGAAGAAGCCUCGUUUGUCCACCAUCCGCCGCUCAGCACGCACCUCCACCCUCUCGCAUUCUUGCAAACUGGUGUCACAGAAGCAUGCUGCAAGCAAGCCAGCCAGGCACUAUCCUCGGCUACGAGCUACUAGAAACGAUUGGCGAGGGCGCCCAUGCAAAAGUAAAACUCGCAAUCGACCCCGUCUCCCGGCAAGCGCUAGCCGUCAAACUCGUCCGCAAACACCGCGGUCCGAACGGCGCAACAGCACUCGCUCAACUGCAGAAGGAGAUCAAAAUCCACGCGUCGGUGCGGAAUGAGAAUAUUAUCGCGAUGGUGAAUGCGGCGGAGGACGAUGCGUAUGUGUAUAUUGUUUUGGAGUAUGCGGCUGCCGGGGAGUUGUUUGAUCGGAUAGAACCGGAUGUGGGCGUGGACGAGGUCGUUGCUCAUAUGUAUCUCCAACAACUACUGGCCGGUCUGGAGUACCUCCAUGGGCGAGGAAUAGCGCAUCGUGAUCUUAAACCGGAGAACAUCUUACUAGAUCAAGAUGGCAAUUUGAAGAUCAGCGAUUUUGGCUUGGCGACCGUGUUCGCUCACAAAGGACAGCGCCGCGUGCUCACUACCCCAUGCGGUACGCCGCCGUACGUCGCACCAGAGAUCCACCGUCUAAACUACCAAGGCGACCAAGUUGACAUCUGGGCCGUCGGGAUCAUCCUCUACGUCCUGCUGGCAGGAAACACACCAUGGGGCGAACCAACGAAGCACGACGACAGCUUCAUGUUCUUUUGUCGGCAUUAUACGGAGGGGUUGCGUUAUAUGCCUUGGGACGGGUUUCCGGGGGAUGCGCUUGAGUUGAUCAUGGGGAUGCUGUCGGUGGACGAGACGAAGCGCUAUCGGAUGGAGGAUAUCAAGAAUAACGCGUGGAGUAGCCAACCAAACCCAUUACUCACCGACGGCAAAUCCAACGACCCAGCCCAACUAGCCGAGCGACUGAUAUCCAACCUCGGGCCCGCAGCAGAGGAUAUGGUUGAUCCAAUGGCGUUAACAUCCUACUCACAACCCUCAGACCUCCGCGCCGACGCCUACGCCAACGGCUCCGACGCAGCAGACGGCGCCCGGGCGGGGUUGGUGAGCUUUUCGCAGCCGAUGACGGUUAUGGAUCGGUAUGGUGCGACGCAGGGGGCUACGCAGGGGACGCAAAUCGAACGCGGCGGCUUCAUGGACCUCUUCCCCUCGGUCCGUCUCACGCGGUUCUUCAGCGAUGCUGGGUUGGAUGCGAUCAGUGAGGGGUUGCAGGGGGCGCUGGAGGGGUUGCUUGUGCCUCAUAAAAUGACGCCGGUUUCUAAGCGGAUAACGUUCACGACGGUCGACCGAAGGAAGUGCCCGAUGCACGGCGAGAUACAUGUGCAGCCGGUCAGUGGGGGCAUGCAUUUGAUUGCGUUCAAGAAGAGCAAGGGCGAUCCUAUCGAGUUCAAGCGGUUCUAUCGGGCCGUGCUGGCGGCGGUUCAGCAUCUGGUUGUCAAGUGAUGCUUUGUGCCCGACAGAGGGAUUGAAAUUACAGCACCGACCAGGACACGCUUUAAGGUACAUCCAUCUGCUGCUUCUGCAUACCCUCUCCUGGUGAGAGGAUUCGACUGUUCCGUUCGGC